UCUCGAAGCGGGUCGGGCGGGCGGGCGAGCGACCAUGUGACGGCGACAUGGACCGCAGCCGCGGGCGAGACCUAGAUACCAGUAGUAGUAGUAGUAUUAGUGGUGUAGUGCCCAUGGGAAAGCCGCGACCCGACGUGAGUCCGGGGGAUCCGAUGGAGAAGCGGAGAGUGCGGCCGAAGAGAGAGCGAUGGUUGCUGACGAGGAAGACGUGGCGGUACAUGGCAGACGCGGGCCGCAAAUUGAUACCGGAGGGGCUGCAGAACCGCCCCGAGGACGUGCCGAAGAUAGAGGCUUACUUCCAAGAAGUGUGCCAGAAAGAGCCCAGGUUCCUACUUUGGAGGAAACAGUCGUACCCCGGUGCCAUCGGCUUCCGCAACAAGGGGAGGUCGCGAGGCGGCAGGAAGAAGAUGGGUGGUAGUUGUCGGGAUAAGACCAGUUCUGCGGACGAGGCGGAUGACAUCAAACAGUGCUCUGCCAGCCUGACGCCACAACUCACCCGUAAGUUAGGGAGCAGGUUAGACCUCAAAAAGUUGAAAGAGGAAUUCCUAUUAGGCUCUUUAGGCAGCGGCAAACCCCAUCCUGAUGUGUCACGGACGGCCGGGGCAGGGACCUUAUCUUCUCCAGAAGAGGAAAGUGAUCUGCUCCUAGAGACUCUAGAAAUGUACCUGAAAGAGAAACCUGCUGAUCCCAAAUUAGCGGGUACCUCCAAAUCUGCCUUGAAUCACGAAGAACUUUUAACUAAAUUACGCGAACAUCUCGCCAGUAUAGAGAGGGUAGCUGCCGAAGAACGUCUCAGGCCUGUCAGACCUCCUAGUGUACAUUUUGAAGGAGAUCACACCCAAAAAAUGUUACUUGAGACGUUUCGAAGAUAUUUCGGAAAGUCAACGAACAGGGAAAAGAUGUUUAGUGAUUUAUUAACUGAUAGAAAAUCUUUAGAAAUGUUAUACUUUGAUUUGAGAAAAACACGUGGGUUUAAGAGUGGCAGGAAAGGUGGUGACAGUGUCGUGAGUGGUUGGAAUACGGGAGGUUACAGUGCUUCGAGAUGGAGAUCAUCUUGGAGACCGAGCGGGGCCGGGAGUCCACUGCACUACCAGGAUCUGCAGGAAGAGGAAGGGUCGGAUGACGAGGGAGUGUUGACUGACUCUAGACACAACGUGGGAAGUGAGUGUACAUCACCAGCCUCUGUGAUAGAAGUGAAAGAAGAGAGGCGUUCUCAGGACAAAAGUUAUGCUACCCAGACGGAAGUGAUCACUCCGAGUAUGUUGUUGGCUAUUCAAGAAGAACUGAAACGGAUAAAAUUGGCAAAACAGGAGGCCGAAGAACAAGAAGCGAAGGAGGACCCGCAGAAGGGAAGGAAUUACCGGAGGAGUAGUGUGACUGACAACGAUGAUGUCUCACCUUCUGUAGGGGAUACCAUUAAGAGGUACCUGAGGAUGGCUAGGAAAAAGAGUAUAGAUUCGGAUAAAGUGGACAGAUUCAAGAGAGUAAAUUACGAUAAAAACAUUAGGAACAUAAAACCGAAAGGGGAAAUAACUAAAAUAGGAGACGAUGACGGCUUAGAUAAAGGUAUUCAAACGGACGAAUCUUGGAUUGCCGCGUUGAAGGAGUUGAAACUGGAAGAUAAACCGGGAGAAAUAUCUUCCAGUGCCGGUGAAGACCGGUCCAGUUCCAGAGUGACCAGUUCCAGGAGCAGUGUGGACACUGGAGUGGAGGACCUGUCCUCACCACCUCAAACUCCGGUUCCUCCGUCCAAAUCUCCUUCAGGGAUACUAUCGACCGGUCAAACAUUUUUGUCCAAUUUACUGCACCACCAGAAAUCUCGUAACACGCCUUCUGUUUCUGCAGUGCCCGGGGUGAUGCAGAAAUCCAAAUCGUCGUCCAGUGUCGUUCACCAAGGCAGUCGACUGGUCGCCAAGAAGAUUUGGAAGUCCCGCUCCAAGAGUCAGACUCGCGUCACUGCCUCAGCCAGUUCCGUGUGGACCCCCCAGGGUAACUGCCAGUGGACCAAUGUUGCCGGACGGACCAUCACCCUCGGGGACACAUCCCUGCUGCACCUGUCCGACAUCGAGAGGCGGGUCCUGCAGAAGGUUGCUCUCGCGAAACUACAAGCCCUCAACCUCGGAGUGGCGAUCAGGAUACCAUCCGAGUCGACUGCUGCCGGUUCUGUCCAGAAGCCGAAGAGACGAGCUUACCUCCUCAAGAGGAAGGCCAUCACAACCGGCUUCUUUGACUCUAAGGCUGGGAAAGAUGAUAAGGAGAAAAGUGACGGUGGAGGGCUGGUGUUUGGCGUGUCGUUGGGUCAGUGUGUGGAGAGCGAGCGGCUCGCGCGGGGUGGCAAGGUUGGUGACGAGUCUGAGUUACGGCGGAAAUCUCACCACGGAAGUCGCUCCAGCUUCAACUCCCUCAUCGACUCCCCGGCUAAAGAAGAAAAAGGUUCCUCAGAGAGCCUGAUCAGUCCGACUCUGAGCAUGCCCGGGUUGCUGGACACCCUGUCAGUGGACGACCUGAGCCAGGAACAGGGGGGCAUACCCAACAUCGUCAGCUGCUGUCUCAGGCAUCUGGAGAACCAUGGACUGCACACGCUCGGCAUCUUCCGAGUCAGCAGCUCUAAGAAACGUGUUCGUCAGUUGCGAGAGGACUUUGACUGUGGCAAGGAGACAACGAUGGAGCCAGACCUGUGUCCGCACGAUGUGGCAACACUGCUCAAAGAGUACUUUCGAGAUUUGCCAGACUCUCUACUCUGCAAGGACCUCUACUCAGCUUUUGUGCAGACCCAGAGAAUACGCAACAGGCGGCUGCAGCAUGAGGCUUUACAGCACCUGCUCCAGCUGUUACCGGUGCCGAACAGAGACACGCUCUGGGUCCUGCUCGCUUUCCUCAGCCAGGUGGCGCAGAACAGUGAAGACCACAGGGAUACGUCAGGUACCGUACGCAGUGUUAGAUCUCUGCAGUUCAAUGCCAUUUCUGACAAGAAUCUUACAAUUACUGAAGACUGA